AUGGGAAUAUACCCAGGGUCCUCGCAAGCCCCCCUCCCAAAGGUGGAGGCCCGGCUCCACCGGCGGUCCGAGCCUGGGAAGAGCGUGGCCUGGAGGGCCAGCACCUCACUGCACCCACAUACCUGCCUUCCGCGCCUGCCCCAAAUCGCUCACACCUUUGCCCAGCACAUCUACUGGGCCCCUACUUACAAGACAGGCAUUCUGGCCCAGCUUCCUAACUUGUUACCUGGGUUCUCCACAAACAAACAGAGAAAGGUGGAGUGUGGCCCUGAGUGCCUGGCAUGUAGGUUCUUAGACUGGGCCCAGGAGUCAGUCCCCAACACAGGCAAGGCCUUCCGGGGGCCUGAACCCCAGGUCCCUACAUCCCUGCUGAGUCAGAGGCUGAAGACUGAGGCAAAGACACUGGACCUGGAGUUCGAAGUCUUGAAUGUGGGGUUUAAUGAGGAGGGCAGGUAUGCCCUCCGGCUGUCAACUGAGGACCCCCUGCAGGCCUGCUCUGGGGCUGGGGUGUAGCUGCAGGUGAUUGAUGGAGACCACCUCCCCACCUGCUCUGCUGUCACUGAUGUUGUUGAGCCGAAAGACCCUGGGCAGAGCCUCACCCUCACCAGGAACAAAUUAGCCUUUACUUUUCCUAAAGGUUUCUGCAAGAAUGAUGGACAGCACGACGCAUAACUGCAUGUGGAGGCGCUGAGCCUGGGCAGGGCCUCGGGAAGGGUGGCCCAGGGGGUGUACGUGGCCAUCCUCCCCAUCUACCCACAUCCAGACCAGCCCUGCAUGAAUCGCUCCACGGGACAGGAAUACGAGGACUUGUACCACUACUGCGGCAACCUGGCUCUGCUCCAAGCCAGUGCAGACCCCACGGCCCGCCACUGAGGGGACCUGGCUUACAGGGUGGCCUUCCACGUGCACCUCGCCCCUCAGCCUCCUGCCACAAACUGCCAUUCUGAGGCCACUCAGCCCCGGCUUUCUCCACAGAUCACUGAGGGCCCAGAAGACCCCAUGAAUACCUCCCAGAAGGUGGACUCUGUCAUCAGCCACCUGGCUCCCCCUCAUAAGGAGGCCAUAGCGGUCACUUUCCAUGGGGCCACCAACCUUCCCGCCUGCAAGGAUGGCUCUGCACCAUGGCCCUACAUGGUAGUAUAAAUAGCUAGCUGGAAAACCACAUCCAAGGGGGCAAAGAACCUGAGUUCCAAGGCAGUCACGUCUGUGCCCUCAGAGCUCACCAAAGCCCCCAUCUCGGGGGACACAGUCAAAGUGGAGACCCAAGCGGAGGAUGCGGGACAAGAGGAAGUUAUUCUCAAGGUGGUGGACAAUGAAAAGAAAGAGGAGCUGUUGCCCUUCCAAAUCCCCAUCAAGUCCUUGCAUGUCUUCCGCCCCUACCACUUUGAGUUGGUGAAACCCACUGAGUCUGGGAAAGUCAAUGAAGCCACUGCCAAGACCCAACUGUAUGCAAUGGUCAUUCAGAAGGGCAGCUUCAUCCCCUGCUACAUCGACCACAACCACACAGCUCUGGGGGUGUUGGCACUGGGACCCCCAGGCAUGGGGGACAGUCAGGUAAACCAGAACCCGGCCACCACGGGGCUUCCCGUCACCCCACUCUCCUUCCCCACGCCGUCCGGAAUGAACUUUGGCGCUCCUCGGGUCAGCCAGAACGGGUGCCCUCAGCUGUUCAAGCCUGGGGGACCCCCAGAGCUGCCCCUGUGGCAUCAGUCCUUCCUCUUCCAAAACCAAGAUGGGGCCACCAACUUCUCCGAGGACACAGCCCUGGUGCUGGAGUACUGCCCCUCAUCUUCAAUGAAAAGCAGUGAACCAUGGACCCUUAACAUACUCCUGGGCAUCUCCGUGUUGCCUCUAAAGAGCCUUGUGCCACAAGAUGCUGACAGGCAAGGCCUGAAUGGACUGCGCGUAGAGAGGCUCCCCAUCACUGACACCAAGCUGAAAACCAUAAAUAGUGAGGCCCCGGUGGAGCUCUCCUUCCAGGUGCUUUCCUCUGAAAGGCCAGAAAACUUGACACCAAACUACAGCAAAGGCCUGCCCGUCCUGGACCCCAAGAUUUUAGAUGAGAAGCUGGGUGUCAUCCGUGAGUUCUGGUCCAAGGCCACGGUGAGCUGCAUGAUUGGGUCCAUCACAUCCACUUGGCAGGAAACAGAGGCCAAGUCUCAGGUGCCCAAGGUGUCCCGAGAAACGGAGAUGAACAACUACCGGCGGGCCAUGCAGAAGAUGGCAGAGGACAUCCUGUCACUGCGGAAACAGACCAGCAUCCUGGAGGCAGAGAACCGCAUGCUGAGAAACCAGCUGGCCCAGAAGGAGGUAGAAGAGGAGUCAGCCAGCCCUGACAAGGCCCAGAACCUGGCAUCCAUGAAGCAGAAACUGCUGCUGAGUGAGCUGGACAUGAAGAAGCUGAGGGACAAGGUGCAGCGUUUGCAGAAUGAACUGAUUCUAAAGAAUGAUCGAGAAAAGGAGCUGCUACUCCUACACCAGGCUCAGCAGCCACAGGCUGCACUGCUGAAGCGCUACCAGGACAAGCUGCAGAAGAUGAAGGCACUAGAGGAGACCGUGAGGCACCAGGAGAAGGUGAUCGAGAAGAUGGAGCAAGUGCUGCAGGACAAGCUGCGCAAGAGGGGCAAGCCCCUGCAGGACAAGCCGCAGGGAAAGCCAUUCACAGGCUUCCCCAUGCUCUGGGCCUCUGGCCUUCCUCUGGGUCCUACGGGCGAGAAUCUGCCUGUUGACGUCUACUCAGUGCUGCUCACGGAAAACUCGAGACUGCGGGCAGAGCUGGAUAAGAACCGCCACCAGUCGGCCCCCAUCAUUCUGCAGCCGCAAGCCCUGCCGGAUCUCCUUGCCAGUAAUUCAGACAAGUUUAACCUCCUGGCCAAGCUGGAACGAGCUCAGAGCCGGAUCUUGUCCCUGGAAAGCCAGUUAGAGGACUCAGCUCGGCGCUGGGGACGAGAGAAGCAGGACUUGGCCACACGGCUGCAGGAACAAGAAUAUGGCUUGCGGCACCCUUCCAACAUGGUCGCCACAGACAUGCCCGUGAGUGAUCCCCAUGGGGGAGCUUCUUGGGGCUUGGGUGGUGGGUCUGACAGCCAUCCCACCUCCAGAGUCACUGGACCCUGA